AUGGCGACCGUCUUGACAAGAAACAAGACGAAGAUCAGUAAAUACGGCACGACGGAGGAGACAACUUCGCUUCUGGCCAUCGAUGUCGCGCCCCUGGGUGCACCCAUAGACGAGAAGCGCUUUUGGUUCCAGCGAAGGAGCAACUACGACCCAGAUGCCAUCGCAACCCAAGCGAGCGUGUUCGAUGACCCCGACACAGCGGACCGCUACGAACCCCACCCCGAAUGGGAGAACAUUCAUCGAUUUGACCCGUCGGCUCGUUGGUCAUGGGGGGAGGAGCACAGCCUCGUUCGCAAGAUCGACUGGCGUAUCAUGGUCUGGGCCUGCAUCAUGUUCAUGGCACUCGAGCUGGACCGCGCAAACAUCCAGCAGGCUUUGACGGACAACUUCCUGGGCGAUCUGGGCAUGACCACGAAUGAUUACAACCUUGGCAAUACCAUUUUCAAGCUUAGCUUUCUAUGCGCCGAAUUACCCUCUCAGCUACUUUCCAAAUGGAUCGGGCCCGACAGAUGGAUCCCGGCGCAAAUGGUUCUCUGGAGCCUGAUUGCGAGUACUCAGUUCUGGCUCUCUGGCCGGCAUUCGUUCCUGAUAUUCAGAGCCUUGUUGGGAAUGUUGCAAGGCGGUUUCAUCCCUGAUGUGAGUUCCCCAUCAGAUGCUUGUGCCCAACGAUACUGA